AGCCGCCAUUUUGUGUGUUAGGCCCACUCUUCCAAAGCGGGAGAAAAUUAUUAGCCCGGCGCGGAGCACACACGGCUGUCCGCUGCGGGACUGAACGGACCUACUGCAGGCGCUGGGCUUCCAAGCGAAUAUAACGAGGAAAAGAAGAGGCCAGGACGCGUUUGUUGGCCCGUUGCCAUGGAGGCAGAGGUUGUUUCCAUGGAGUCUGGUCAGGCGCCGGAUGGAAAAGUCCUGCAAGAGGGUGGCGAAGCUUUGAUACAAGGGACACAGGGUGAAGUCGCUGGUAACAUGGAGAUGAUGGUGAUGGAUGCUCUUGAUCCAACUCUGCUGCAAAUGAAGACAGAGGUGUUGGAAGGGGGCGGCACAAUGACGGUUACUGGUGGAGAUGAGGGUCAGAUCAUCACGCUCCAGGUGGUGAACAUGGAGGAGCAGGCAGGUGCUGCACUAGGUCUGGGUCAGCUACAGCUCGUGCAGGUACCUGUCACAACCACAACUGUUGACGGGCUCCAGGCUACUUAUGUUGAGGCGUCAGCUAACAAGGAUGCAGAGCCAGUUAUUUGUCACACCCUUCCUUUGCCUGAGGGCUUCCAGGUGGUUAAAGUGGGUGCAAAUGGUGAAGUGGAGACUGUAGAGCAAGAGGAGCUUCAGGCUGCCCACGAGGAGCUCCAAGGCGCAAGGGUGGAGGAGGAGGAGGAAGAGCCAGCAGAGGUGGAGACCUCUGUGCCCUCACAAGAUGACCCAGAGUGGACGAAGGACCCAGACUACCAGCCCAUCACCGCUGUCCGUAAAGGGAAGAAGGGAAAGAAGAGUCGCCUGCGCUAUGCAGAAGGCGAUCGUGACAUGGAUGUUUCUGUGUACGACUUUGAGGAGGAGCAGCAGGAAGGACUGCUGUCAGAGGUUAAUGCCGAGAAGGUUGUGGGCAACAUGAAGCCCCCAAAGCCUACAAAGAUCAAGAAAAAAGGUGUUAAGAAGACUUUCCAGUGUGAACUGUGCAGCUACACCUGCCCAAGGCGCUCUAACCUGGACCGACACAUGAAGAGUCACACCGAUGAGAGGCCGCAUAAAUGUCAUUUGUGUGGAAGAGCAUUCAGAACAGUCACACUGCUGAGAAACCACCUCAAUACACACACAGGCACUCGGCCACAUAAAUGCACAGAUUGUGACAUGGCAUUUGUGACCAGCGGUGAGUUGGUGCGCCAUCGUCGCUACAAACACACACACGAGAAGCCUUUUAAAUGCUCCAUGUGCGACUAUUCUAGUGUGGAGGUGAGCAAGUUGAAAAGGCACAUCCGCUCUCAUACGGGGGAGCGACCCUUCCAGUGCAGUCUGUGCAGCUAUGCCAGCAGAGACACUUAUAAGCUGAAGAGACACAUGAGGACACACUCAGGUGAGAAGCCGUACGAGUGCUACAUAUGCCAUGCUCGUUUCACACAAAGCGGCACCAUGAAGAUGCACAUCCUGCAGAAACACACGGAGAAUGUGGCAAAAUUUCACUGCCCCCACUGUGAUACUGUCAUUGCACGCAAAAGUGACCUUGGUGUUCACUUGAGAAAGCAGCAUUCAUUUAUCGAGACGGGAAAGAAAUGUCGUUACUGCGAUGCUGUGUUUCAUGAGCGCUAUGCUCUCAUUCAGCACCAGAAGACUCACAAGAAUGAGAAGCGUUUCAAAUGUGACCAGUGUGACUACUGCUGCAGACAGGAACGCCAUAUGAUAAUGCACAAGCGUACACACACAGGGGAGAAGCCAUUCGCCUGCAGCCAGUGUGACAAAACUUUCCGGCAGAAGCAGCUUCUGGACAUGCAUUUCAAGCGUUACCAUGAUCCGAACUUCAUCCCCACCGCCUUUGUCUGCAGCAAAUGUAGCAAGACAUUCACUCGCAGGAACACAAUGCUGCGUCAUGCUGAGAACUGUACAGGUGAUGCUACUGUAGAAGAAAAUGGAACUCCACCAUCCAAAAAGGGACGCCGUGGCAGGAAGAGAAAGAUGCAGGCCAGGAGAGAUGAUGAUGAUGAUGAUGAUGAUGAUGAGGAGGACACAGAGGGUGAUCUUGACGAGGCAGAGGAGGAAGACGAAAUGCUAACUGAGAUCGAGGUGGAACAGGCCCCGCCUGUUGUUCCUAUCCCAGCCCCAGUGGAACCACCAGUCAAGAGGAAGCGUGGGCGUCCCCCAAAGAGCAAACCAGACGCAGCGGCUGCUAUCAUCCGUGUGGAGGACGAGGCCACUGGAGAGGUUGAUGACAUCAUUGUGAAGAAGGAGGUUGGAGCUGACCAAGACGAAGAUGGCAAUGAGGCCGCAGAGGAGGUGGUGGUUGGUGGAGGGAAGUCGACCAUCCAGAUGGAAGAGUUGUCCCAGGGAGUGGGCACGGCGCAAGAGGGGCAGAUGUCUGAAGCCCCUCCGAAUGGAGAGCUGACUCCUGAGAUGAUCCUCAGCAUGAUGGACCGGUGAUGGGUGUGAGGGUUGACCCUGUUUGAGAAAAAAAAAAAAAAAAAAUUUA